UAAACUUGCUCCAAAACCUCUACCGGGUUUUAGGAGACCAAUGUACAUUGUAUGCAGUAUUCUAUGUCUGUAAAAAUGCUUUCACGACUUGCUUCACUUGAUUCACUUCCUGGUCGCCUGGACAUAUAUUGCAGUACAGACAGGCAGCUGUGAGUUGUUGGUGUAAGAGGUUCCAUCCACCAAGAAACAAACCCAAGAUACAAUGGCGUGGUUUUUGACCACUGUGUUGUUUCUCUCCAUCACUGGGACUCUCACUGAUGCCGAGUGUCACUGUAACACCACUACUGCCUGUGCCUUGUUCCCCUCUACUACCUGUAGCCAGGUCGGCGAUCCAGACAGAUGUCAGGAAGGAUGGUUUGGUUCCCACUGCCAGAGACGAAAUAUUGCUAUAGGACAAAGUGCAACACAGAGCAGUACAUUCGCUGAAAACAGUUACAGGACAGGGAAUACAGUUCACAGGUUCGAGGCCAGGUACGGCGUAGAUGGCAGAACUACCACCACCUUGUAUAGCAAACCAUUCACAUGUACACAUACAGCCAUAGGAGAUCCACAACCAGCUUGGACUGUUCAUCUGAGCAACUCUAACACAGACAAGAUACAACACAUUAAGCUGUAUCUACGAGAGGGCUUCUUGGACAGAAACAAGGGCAUGCAGAUAUAUGUUGGUGGUCAGCUUUGCUAUGAGUGGUCAACAGACACCUCUCCGCCUGCCAUAGCUGACAUCAAAUGUCAACAAGCACUAACAGGAAACAACCUGACUAUACAGACACACGAUUAUCUCUCGCUGUGCGAGGUGCAGAUAUUUGUUUGCAGUGACGGCUGGUUUGGUGAGGACUGUGAAAUACAGUGUCACUGUUCACUAAACACAGAAGUAUGUAACAAGAUCACUGGACAGUGUCUGAGUGGAUGUGCUCCAGGAUACAUGGGGACGGACUGCCAAACAGCGUGUCAAGAAGGUUACUAUGGAGACUGCACCUCCAAGUGUGGAAACUGCCGCAAUGCUGCCUUUUGUGACAAGACUACAGGCACCUGUCCUGGAGGUUGUGAACCAGGGUGGCAAACUGACACCUGUCUUCAACCAUGUCCGAGUGGCUACUAUGGUCCGAACUGUGGCUUCCAGUGUGGCAACUGUGUGGAAGGUGAUGUUUGCAUCAAGACAAAUGGAAAAUGUCCUGGAGGAUGUGUAGCAGGGUGGAUCAACGACACGUGUAAUCAAGUGUGUGAAGACGGGAGGUACGGCAGCGGUUGUACAUCGUCAGAAUGUGGCCACUGCAAGAGCGGCACAGUGUGUGACAAAAACUAACGGAACCUGCGGGGAGUGGAUGUGAUG